CUCUUGUCUUGCCAUUUUUCUCUUAUGUUGAAUGACAAGAAACUAAAGUCAUAUACAUCACUUUGAGUCAGAAAAACACUUACACCACACACACAGUCGGUGAGAAAAUUGAAAAAAAAAAAGAUUGAUCCUGGAUCAUCAUAAAGUGACUGGUUCGAUGGGAAGACCACCUUGCUGCGAUAAGAUAGGCGUGAAGAAAGGGCCAUGGACUCCAGAAGAGGAUAUAACCCUAGUCUCUUAUAUUCAACAAAAUGGUCCGGGCAAUUGGAGAUCUGUUCCUACCAAUACUGGUUUGCUAAGAUGCAGCAAGAGUUGUAGACUGCGUUGGACCAAUUAUCUUCGGCCUGGAAUCAAACGUGGCAACUUCACCGAGCAAGAGGAGCAGAUGAUUAUCCAUCUUCAAGCCCUUCUUGGCAAUAGAUGGGCAGCAAUAGCUUCUUAUCUUCCACAAAGAACCGACAACGAUAUCAAAAAUUACUGGAAUACCCAUCUAAAGAAGAAGCUCGACAAGCUCCAUGAAGACUCUGAUCAAGAAACCCACCAUCAUCAUCAUGGUACUUCAAAGGGGUGUCAAUCAUCAUCAUCAUCAUAUGAAACCACCAUGUACAAAGGUCAAUGGGAAAGAAGGCUCCAAACUGAUAUACACAUGGCCAAACAAGCCCUUUGUGAUGCCCUAUCUCUUGACAACAAAACCAUUAAUCUACCUGUAUCAUCUUCAGCCACUACUUCAGGGAAAUCUGAAUCGGUGGUACCCUCAUCGAAUCAAUCCACAGCUACUUAUGCUUCUAGUGCUGAGAACAUUGCACGAUUGCUCCCAGACUGGAUGAAAUGUUCCAAGAAAUCUCCACAGACAAACUCUGAAAGCAUCGAGACAAAGCAGACCCAGAGUUCCGUGAUCAACCAGCAGUUAACAAGUCCUCCAAGUGAAGGGGUAUGACAACUCCGUGCAAUUUGGCAACAGCAACAACAUGGUCCAGAACAAUCAAAUAAACAACUACUACUCGAAUUACAGCAAUUCUGAUAUUUCUCAAUCGGUUUCCCCUGAAACAAGUAGGUUCCAAGAUGAAAGUAAACCAAGCAUGGAAAAUCAAAUGCCCCCUCUUAGUUUGUUAGAGAAAUGGCUUUUUGAUGAGGCUUCUACCCAAGGUGACCUUAUGAAUAUAUCUUUAGAAGAAAGUGAUGACUUCUUUUAGCCUUUUUGUCGCACUUUUUAGGUGUUUUUGAGGGGUUUGGGUGGUCGUUAGUUCAAGGUUUAUGUGCACAUCUUUUUCAAGUUUUUGCGAGAUUUUUUUUUUUAAUUACUAUAAUUAGUGGAAAAGAAUUGUAAAGUAAUACCUAGUAGUAAUUAGAACAGUAAUAACAUUAUCUUAUGUACUCCGUGAAGUACAAAUUCUAGUCACGUUCACGUUUGUAGGAGGA